AUGGAGCAACUGGUAGAAAUAGCCUACUGUAUGGUUGUGGUUUCUGCUGUAUGUGCAACAUAUGUUGUCUUCAUGCAGGUUGCACAGCUCUUUACAUACUCCUGUCUAACUCAACGAAAGUGGGGAAAGUUCUACAGUUCUACUAAAGUUAUUGCAAAUUUUCAGUGUGUUUUUGGAGCAAAUCUGACAGGCCAUGCAGAGAAAGUUGGCAUUGAAAACUUUGAACUCUUGAAAGUUCUUGGAACAGGAGCCUAUGGAAAAGUGUUCCUAGUAAGGAAAGUAAGUGGCCAUGAUGCUGGAAAGCUGUAUGCCAUGAAAGUUUUGAAGAAAGCAACAAUAGUUCAAAAAGCCAAAACAACUGAGCACACAAGGACAGAGCGACAAGUAUUGGAGCACAUUAGGCAAUCACCAUUUCUGGUCACGUUGCAUUAUGCCUUUCAGACGGAUACAAAGCUUCAUCUCAUAUUAGACUACAUAAACGGAGGCGAAUUGUUUACUCACCUUUCGCAAAGAGAGAGGUUCUCAGAAAAUGAGGUGCAGAUUUACAUUGGAGAAAUUGUUUUGGCGCUUGAACAUCUACAUAAGUUGGGAAUUAUAUAUCGUGAUAUAAAACUUGAGAAUAUUCUCCUCGAUUCUGAUGGCCAUGUGGUGCUGACAGACUUUGGUCUGAGUAAGGAGUUUCUUAAUGAUGAGUUAUUUCCAGGAGGAGAAAUAAAUGGAAUGACAAGGGUUCAGCAUUUUCAGCAGUGGUUAGUCAGAGCAGUGGAAGAGAGGAAGCACAAAGAAGUGGAGAGAGAGGCAGUUUCAGCAGAGAACAGCAGGGCAGCAGGACCUGCUUAG